AUGGCGUUGUGCGACGGCGGCUGCGACCUGGCCAACGCGACGGAGGCGACGGCCGUGGCUGCGGCGGCGGCGGAGGUGGCGAGCGGCAACUGGACGUGCGAGCCGGCGCCCGCGCUGACGCGGUCGUCGACGGUGCGCGCGGCCGUGCUGCUGGCGCUGGCGGUGCUCUCGUUGCUAGGCAACGCGGCCACCAUCGCCAGCAUCCGGCGGCGGCCGGCGCGCCAGCCCUCGGCGGUGUACGCGCUCAUCCUGCACCUGUCGGCCGCCGACCUGCUGGUGACGGUCUUCUGCAUCGCGGGCGAGGCCGCCUGGAGCUACGCCGUGCAGUGGCUGGCCGGCAACGCCGCCUGCAAGCUCUUCAAGUUCGCGCAGGUGUUCAGCCUCUACCUGUCCACCUUCAUCCUGGUGCUCAUCGGCAUCGACCGCUUCGUCGCCGUGCGCUACCCCAUGCGCGCGCUCGGCACCGCCAAGCGGCUCAGCCGCCUCAUCGCCUUCGUCUGGGUGCUCAGCGCGCUGCUCAGCGUCCCACAGAUGGUGAUCUUUCACGUGGAGAGGGGUCCGUUCUGCGAGCUGUUCCUGCAGUGCGUGACGUACGGCUUCUACACGGAGCCGUGGCAGGAGCAGCUGUACGCCGCAUUCAGCCUCAUGUGCAUGUUCGUGCUGCCGCUCGCCAUCCUCAUCGGAACAUACGUGUCCACCGUCAUCACCAUUGCGAGGAGCGAGCGGGCGUUCCGGGCAGAGGUGGCCGUCGGGCUGAAGAGCGAGGUGCUGGACGCCAACCGGCGGCGACUGAUCCACCGCGCCAAGACCAAGUCAAUGCGCAUCUCGGUCGUCAUCGUGGUCGCCUUCAUCGUCUGGUGGACGCCCUACUACUGCAUGAUGAUCAUCUUCCUCUUCCUGAACCCUGACAAGCACCUGAGUGAGGACCUGCAGUCGGCCAUCUUCUUCUUCGGGAUGUCCAACAGCCUGGUCAACCCAAUCAUCUACGGUGCUUUCCACCUUUGGAGACCAAAACGCAGGGGUCGACUCAGCGAUAGAGGGAGGGACGGCUCGACGUUCACGCAGCGCAGCCUGAUGGGCAGCAUGCGGCGCGUGCGGCCGCCCACGGCUGAGGAGACGACGCUGGUGGCGCUGGAGGAGGGCCCGGCCGCCGCCGCCGCCGCCGCCGCCGCCCCCGCAGCGGGUGCCGCCCCCGCCGCCAGCGCCAGCCGCCUCUCGGUGCGCCUCCUGCGCCGCGCGUCUCGCGCCGGCAGCUUCAAGACGGCGCUCUAA